CUAUCAAAUGUGUCAAAAAUUUGACUGAAAUAAUUUGAAUUUUUUCAAGAAAUUGUUUCAAAAAGUUGUGACGGGAAUUGGCCAAAAGUCGAUCACAUCUUCAUCUUUCAUGUAUCAGGAGAAGUAAUUUGUAAUUAACUUAUCCAGAACUUGUAAGCUUUCACCUGUCGAUAUAGGCAAGUUAUUAAAAAACCAUGCAAAUAUUUAUAUGGUGGUUCAUUCUAUUAAUCGGUAACGAGUCAAGAUUUAGAGGAGAGAAUACGACACACAGCAGUGGCAGCAAAUUGGUAGGAUGUAUGCAGCACAGUAAACUCAUUAGUUCUCUGUAUGGCGAUUUGCUGCAGGAAUCGGAGCCAUUCAAAUGUGAGUCUAAUGAGGAGAAGCUGGAGGAGAAAAAUGUAACUUCCUCGGCGAAUGAAGAGAGCGAACCAUUUGAAGAGGAACUCCGGGACUGUAGCUCGUCCUCUAUAGCGGAGAAGGCAGCAGAGGUGGCGAAAGCGGCAAAUGAUGCACAGGUUAGUGCCGCCCAGGAUGCCGCGAAGCAGGUAAAAACGCAAGCGGCCCAUAAAGCCAUACAAGCGGCACGAGCUCUUCAAGCAACAAUACUCGAAGGAAAACAAGUCAUUGUCGAUAACUAUGAGCAAGAAAUAUGUGAAGCAAAUGACUUUGUCUCUCAGGUGGACAAUGAAUUGAAAAGUAGCGCGGAAAAUGCUGCAAGUGUCCACUCUAUGACCAAAACGUUCGAGUGUCAAUUGAGUAAUCUCAAGCAAUUAAUGCAACAGACUAGAAAUAGUAUUAGGUAUGUUGAUAGUUUGCAAGAACUAGCUGAAACUGAUCUAGAAGAAAAGACACAAAUGCUGGAGACAUUACAGGAUGUUGCCGAUGAUCUAGACAGACAGGUGGCUCAAGCUAAAAUAGAUGAUGAAUGCGUCAAGGAGGCAGAUGAGGCAAAGGAAACUCCCUAUGAAAACUGAAAUGUCUGUCGACCGAUAAUCGCAUAGUGCUUCAUCAAAAAGUCAAUCAAGAUACAAGUUAGUACCAGGAGAGGAGCAUUAUAACGGGGACUAUGCACUUACUAUAUACCAGAAGAAAUAUAUAUGUAUAUAGGUUGACAAUGCAUAUAAUUUCCUUAAAUAGAUUUUUUCAGAUUUGAGUUUGGUCAACGGAAAAACAGCUGCCAAUGUGUGUGUGUUGGCUAGUUCAGACAGCUGUUUGCCAUGCGGCCGUUAACGAGCGAUGGCAAAGAGAAUGCGGUGGUGGGGAGGGGGUGCCAGGAGGAUUGGUGGAGCAAUUGCAAUUGGAAUGGCGCUGCCACCUUGCCGCUGCUUCUGUUGGUAUUGUUUGUGUUGUUAUUAGUUGCUGCCGGCAGCGUCAACGUUGUUGAAAUUUGAAACAUUGCGAGAGUGAGAAGGAAAGCCAUGUGGGAGAGAGAGAGAGACAGAAAUAGACAGAGAGAGCCCGCCAGAGAAAGGGCGCGCGCAUUUGCAGCCUGCAGACAAAAUGAGUGAGAAAAGAGAGAGAGUGUCUCUCUCGUGCGGCAGUGAGAGGGAUAUGAAGACACAGGGCUGGGGGAGAGCGAAAGUCACAUAUUUGUCAAUUAAACAAUUUAGUUAUA